CAAGUUAGAAAAACGCUUUUACGAGGUAUCAGCACUUUUCUUUCAUUAGGGGGAAGGCGUGAGGAAAGUACCAAACAGCAGCAGACUUUUAAACUUUAAAUAGACAGGUCUGAGUGCCUGAACUUGCCUUUUCAUUUGACUUCAUCCUCCAAGGAGUUCCACCACUUUGGCGCGCCUACUUCACUUCCAUUAAGCGAGCGAGAGUUGCCCAGGUGACAUGGGUGACUGGAGCGCCUUAGGGAAACUCCUGGACAAGGUCCAGGCCUACUCCACUGCAGGAGGGAAGGUGUGGCUGUCAGUCCUCUUCAUUUUCAGAAUCCUGCUGCUGGGGACAGCGGUGGAGUCAGCUUGGGGUGAUGAGCAGUCGGCCUUUCGCUGUAACACUCAGCAGCCUGGUUGCGAGAACGUCUGCUAUGACAAGUCCUUCCCCAUCUCUCAUGUGCGCUUCUGGGUCCUUCAGAUCAUAUUCGUGUCUGUGCCCACACUCCUGUACCUGGCUCAUGUGUUCUACGUGAUGAGAAAGGAAGAGAAACUGAAUAAGAAAGAGGAGGAGCUCAAAGUGGCCCAGACGGAUGGUGUGAACGUGGAGAUGCACUUGAAGCAGAUUGAAAUCAAGAAGUUCAAGUAUGGGAUUGAAGAACACGGGAAGGUGAAGAUGAGAGGGGGCCUGCUGAGAACCUACAUCAUCAGUAUCCUCUUCAAGUCGGUCUUCGAGGUGGCCUUCCUGCUGAUCCAGUGGUACAUCUAUGGCUUCAGCCUGAGUGCCGUCUACACCUGCAAACGAGACCCCUGCCCCCAUCAGGUGGACUGCUUCCUCUCCCGUCCCACAGAGAAAACCAUCUUCAUUAUCUUCAUGCUGGUGGUGUCCUUGGUGUCUCUUGCCUUGAAUAUCAUCGAACUCUUCUAUGUCUUCUUCAAGGGCGUUAAGGAUCGUGUGAAGGGCAGGAGUGACCCUUACCAUGCCACGACUGGCCCUCUGAGCCCCUCUAAAGACUGUGGAUCUCCAAAAUACGCCUAUUUCAAUGGCUGCUCCUCUCCAACCGCUCCUCUCUCACCUAUGUCCCCUCCUGGGUACAAGCUGGUUACUGGCGACAGAAACAAUUCUUCCUGCCGUAAUUACAACAAGCAAGCGAGUGAGCAGAACUGGGCUAAUUACAGCGCCGAGCAAAAUCGAAUGGGUCAGGCAGGAAGCACCAUCUCCAACUCCCACGCCCAGCCUUUUGAUUUCCCCGAUGAUAACCAGAAUGCCAAAAAAAUUGCUGCUGGACAUGAGCUCCAGCCAUUAGCCAUUGUGGACCAACGACCUUCAAGCAGAGCCAGCAGCCGUGCCAGCAGCAGACCUCGGCCUGACGACCUGGAGAUCUAGCCAGGCUUUUGAGCAUCAAGAUGCCACUCAUUGUGGAGGAGGAAGAAAAGGUGCUAUAGAAAGCGCACCUGAGGUGUUCAUUUUGUUUGGUAGAGGUGGUACUCAACAGCCUUAGUCAUGAGGCUUAGUAAACAAAGACAUUACAAUACCUAGGUUCUUUGGGGGUGUCUGGGAUAGGUGGGUGGAGCAGGUGGCGAUAAGGGAGGUACAUGCUGGUAUUUAAUGUAGUAGAUUCAAGGAGCUUAAAUUCUAAAUAAGAUUCACAUUGGGUGAACAUAGGUAAGGGCUUUCUCCUUCCCCCCACAGCCAAUACCCCUAAGAAUGGUUCUGUAUAUGUGAGAGAAUGGGUGAUAAUUUUUAUCUUUGUUUUUUUAUCUUUGUUUUACCAAGAAACUGAAAUAGCUUUGGCCACAAAUAAAUACUUCCCCAACUUUGUAUUUUCUUUCAGCACAAAAAGACAGAACAUUGUCCUGUCCCUGAUAAAACAUUCCAUUGUUAAAAUUUGCACUUUGAAGGUAAGCUUUCUAGGCCUUGACCCUCCAGGCGUCAAUGGAUUUAUGCUAAUAUAUAUAUAUAUUUUUAUUCCGAUUAUCAAUUACAAAUUCAGACAAGGCUCACAGAAAAAGAUUUCCCAUGCAUUUGCAUCUCAGCUGGUUCUUCACAUCCGUUCCACCAUCACGUCACCAUCACUGGUUCAUCAUUCCUCAGCUGCUCCUCACGUUCACCGGAUGGUUUCUGUCAACAUUUUUUAAAUAGGAUGUCAUUUAGUGGUUUCUUGUUGAAUUAGCAUCAGGGAAGCAAGCCAUGGUCAAUGUUUAACAAUCACUUCUCUGUGUGUAUGUGCAGGUGUGUGUGUAGUGUGUUUUAUUUUCAUUAUUGGUACAAGCAGAUACAGUAUAGACUCACAAUUUCAGAUUUGAAUCUAAUGCACACACAGUGUUCAAAUUAACCUUCCUCAUGGGUUUUUGUGGUGUGGGCCAAUAUGGUGUUUACAUUAUAUAAUUCCUGCUGUGCAAGUCAAACACAACUUUUUUCCUAAAAUAUUUUUUUCCCAUGUAUCCUAUUAUGGAUACUGGUUUUGUUAAUUGUGAUUAUUUUUUUCUCUUUUUUAGAAUGUAGCAGUAAUGCUAUUACUGAAAUGAAUGAUUUCCUUUCUCUGAAAUAUAAUCAUUGAUGCUUGAAUGAUAGAAUUUUAGUACUGUAAACAGGCUUUAGUCAUUGUGAGAGAAUUAGAAAAAAUGCUUAGAGUGGACUAGUCAAGUGCCUAAGUGAAUUCUGCAGUAACUGGUAUUCUGGUUUUGUCCUACUUAACUAUACAUUAAUUCAAAACUUGUAUUCCAAGUUUGACAGUCUUAGCGUGACCAGCAACUUUGUUUGCACUAAGAAUUUAUUUGGAAUGCAAGAGGGGUUGAAAGAGGUUUCCGUAGUACACAUGUAACUAAUUUAUUUGAACCAUAUGCUAAAGACAUCUACCAGUUUCUUCGAGUGCCUGUUUUGUAGUUCAUCACAGAUGAUCGGUGAAUGUUGAAUUUCAUACUUUUCUUGCAUGUCAGCUACAUAAAUGGUUUUGUACAAUAGAAAAAUACUAAUUUGUUUGACAUUCCAUGUUAAACUACUGUCAAGUUCAGCUUCAUUGCAUGUAACGUAGACCUAGCCCAUCCAAUCAUGUGCUCUGGAGAGUGUUCUUUAUUCAAUAAAGUUUUAAUUUAGUAUAAAGAUA